AUACCAGAACAGUUCACUUACACUCACUCAAGUUCACCAACCACAUUUCGAUCUUUCAAUCUCCAACAAUCCUCUGUUGGAUGCUGCAAUCUGUUUGGAUUGCAACAAAUUCGGACGUUCAUUGAUCUCUGAUUUAUCGAUAUUCUUCAUGGUCCCGUUUUCAAGAAUGGCGCAUGCAUAUUCUUUAACGUAGAAUCUUCAACAAAUACUUUAUAAAUAUUUAUAAAUGUGUUCCAUAAUAAAUAAUAUAUCAAACAGUUAUAAUAUAACAAAUCAGUUACAAAGUUCUUUUAAAAAAAUUUCGAACCAUGAAUGGAUUGGUGAAAUGAUUUGAUCAAUGAUAUUGUUUGAAACUCGUAAGAGGAACAUCCGAGUGAAGUUUUGUUUGUGGUGAAACGAAAAUGUCGGCCGAGAAGAAACCAGUGAAGUGGGCAGCCGUCUUGUGGUACAUUCACCUACACAUUCUUGGAGUCUAUGGCGUAUGGUUAAUGCUCACUUCCGCCAAAUGGAUGACUGUGUUCUUUACGAUUUUCAUAACAGCAAUCGGUAGCCUAGGAGUAACCAUGGGCGCCCACAGGUUAUGGGCCCACAGGACAUUUGCGGCAUCAGGAACCCUCCGAUUGUUCCUCAUGUUAGCGCACACACUUGCCGGAGUGGGUUCCAUAUAUGACUGGGUGUUGUACCACAGACUCCAUCACAAGUAUUACGGUACUGACAAGGAUCCUUACAACCACAAGAAGGGGUUCCUGUACAGCCAUUACAUAGCCAACGUUCUUUCACGGACCACCGAUUAUGAACAAGCGAAGAUCGACAUUGAUAUGCGAGAUAUGGAUCUGGAUGGAUAUAUUUGGUUGCAGAGGAUGUUCUACUGGCCAAUGUUCAUAAUAUUCGGAUUAAUACUGCCACUGAACGUGCCACUGGCAUACUGGGACGAAUCGAUGGCAAUCACCAUAGUGGUCACCGGACUGUUACGGUUCGCCAUCACCGUGAACGUUUCCUGGCUAGUGAACAGCGCCUUGCUGGUUUGGAACAUCCAAGGGAACAAGGUUCCACCGGAUAGCAUCAGCGUGUUCUUCCUGACACAAUCUUUUUGGCCCGAGUACCAUUACGCGGUGCCAUGGGACUGGAAGAGUGGUGAAUUCGGAACCUACGGUUCUGGUUGCACUACGUUCUUCAUCAAAAUGUUUCACGAACUCGGUUUAAUCAACGAAUUACAAACUACGGAAACGGAAGAUGUCAGGGAGGUUCUCCACAAGAUGGCGAAGAAAAAGCUGCCACUCAGCGAAGGUUUAUCGCAGCUCAAGCAGAAGUCCGAGUACAACACGCUGAAAGAAAAACUGAUGAUUCGUCAUUGAAGAAAAGAACAAAACAUUUGUCGAAGUAUCGAGAUUCAAUUUUACCGAGCUUUUGGUUAUUGAUGAUUCAGACUGCAUCGAGUAUUACUUCCAGCACUAUGUAGAAAGUCCAUAUGUCUUCCACUGAAAUCUUUACAUCUUAAUUUUAAGCACCAUCUGAAAAAUAUAAAUCUGGAAACUAUUUUAUGAUAGUGCAAGAAUAAACCCUUGUUACAUAAUAAAUUAUCGAUAACCA